AUGAUCAAGGCGCUCUCCAGCGGCGGCUGGCUUGCCCUGGCCUUGUUCCUCGCCCUACAAUCGCUAUUCGCCUCAGUCCAAGGUGCAUUCGUCACCUUUGAGAAUUGCUUGCCUAGCAGCUAUACGGAUACCAACCCACCGCGGCUGCAGUUCACGCCAUACUUCGUCGACGCCACCUUCAUUCAGGACUCCACGCACAAUCUGAGCCUCACAAUAUACGGAAAUGUGUCUGGCCAGCAGUUUACUGGAGACUACCCGCCACCAGACUCUCCCUUAUGGCGGGACAAUCAGUCUGCGUUGGGCAAGAUCACGAACGAGGGAAGCGGUGGAGCCAAGCUGGCGACCUUGACGGCCGACUACACCGUCUUGACGUUCACUGCGUAUGAUAACGGCGGCGAGGCAUUUUGCGGUACUCUCGUCAAUGGCUCCUGUCCACUGGGCCCAUACUUCAGCGCAAAUCGCAGCGAUCCCUACGACCUCCCCGCCUUCUUCGUCACCCACGAUUUCGGCAGCUCAUAUUCAUUCUCCACGAUCGCCUCUACCGUUCAUAUCAUUUCAGGAGAUGGACCGACGGUGGCAUGCGUCAGUGCAAUGAUUACGCCUGACCUGGGCACGAAUAUAUCUGGCUUGCUCACGUGGUUACCUGCGGCGAUUCUGAUUCUCAAGGGUGUCGCUACAUUGGCCGCGGCCAUCUGGUCGCCAUGGGGCAGCUCCGAUAUCUUUCGGUGGAGCAGCAAUUAUGGAAGAGACGAGGACUUGUUGAGAUUGGUCACACCGGGCUUCGGCGACUGCCUGCAAUACAUUCAGUUUAUUGUCCUCACGGGCAGUCUGACACUGAACUAUCCUGGCUUCUUCCAGCCAGCAGUCAGCCAGGCCAGCUGGUCUACGCUGCUCUUCAAUGAGAGCUUUGUCAGUGGGGGAAAUGGCACACAAAGUCUUGUGGAUGGGCUCUAUGCUACCAAUGCUACCUACGGCUUGACCACGAUGAGCCAGCUGGUGGGGAUGAGCGAGGCAUCGGAUAUCUGGGCCUGCAUGGCAGUCUGGCUGCUGGUCAUAGCCGCAGUGGUUGUGCUUUUAUGCCAGCUUGGAUUCUUCGGUCGCUGGGUCUACCGCAUGGCCACCCAUACCACGGAAGAGGAUUUGCGCCAGAAGAAUGUGCCCUUUACUGUUGGCAACAUCUUUCGCCUGUUGCUCAAUUUCUUCAUCCUUCCGAUUGUGGCCCUGAGUCUGUUCCAACUCGUCGUAUCCACCCACUCACCAGCCAGCGUCAUAGCAUGCGCGGUGGUGUUGUUGGUGAUAAUGAUGGUCUGUGCAGCCUGGAUCUUGCGUAUGGUCUGGACGACAAAGCCUAGGACUCUGUUGUUCGACGAGAUGCCGACGGUACUGCUUUACGGACCAGUUUACAACACCUACAGCGAUGAUGCGGCGACAUUUGCCCUCGUGCCGGUCUUGAUCACCUUCAUGAGGGGAGUCGCCAUAGGAGCGGUACAGCCAAGUGGCAUUGCGCAGAUCAUUAUUCUGGCUGUCUGCGAAGUUAUCCUGAUCUUGACACUUCUCGGACUUCGACCAUUCCGUGGGAAAACCAGCAUGAACUUCUACCACAUUACUUUCGCACUCGUGCGUCUCAUCGCCGUCCUGCUCAUGAUCGCAUUCGUGCCAACGCUUGGAAUCACUGAGCCCCCAAGAGGCUGGAUCGGCUAUGUUAUCCUACUCCUCCACGCCUGCGUGCUCAUCUUCGGUUUCUUCCUCAACUCAGCACAGACUCUCAUCGAAGUCAUUGCGCGCUCGCUCGGUGCCGGUAGUGACGCACAGAACGGCGCAGUUCGGGGUAGUAUCCUGAGCUGGCGUAUGUUGAAGAAGCGUCCAGACCGACCGGAGCCCGAUCGUAAUAGUAUGAUGAGCAAUGCGGCUAUCCUUCGCGUCUCGAACGGCCAAGACAGGAGUGCGAACUACGGCGGGCGAUCUAGGAGCAUGUCCGGCAGCAGUCAACAACUUCUCAAUAGGAUGAGCGGUUUUGAGAACUUCUCGAGCGCGGGCGAAGUGGUCAACUCACCUGAUCCCGGCUCAGAGAAUCUUGCCUCGAUGACAACAGGAACUGGCGCAAAUGGAAAGCCUGCCGUUACAGCUGCUGGUGGAGCAGAUGCUGAUCCAACGUAUUACCGACCUCCACGACGGAGACCGACGAUGGAGACUGCCCAGAAUGUGCCAGGCACACAGACUAGAAGUACGUACGAUGUACCGUACCAAGACUCGCCAGGUCAUGCGAGAGAGAGCAGCUACGAUAGUACCGGCAUGCAUGGCUCGCCAGCACCUGCGUACAUUCGUGGGCGAAUGGAUUCUGGAGACGACAAUGGUCCUCGAACCGAUUAUGCCGUCCGAGAAGUCGAUCAAUACUACCGUGGCCCACCUCUCAGUGAUGAGCCUUCGCGGAAGCUGAAGACUGGUCCUGCCGACCCCACCGGACCGGCAUCGACUGCACAGAGCUGGUUCUCACGGGUUGUGUUUGGCGUGAAGGGUAAGAAAGAUCAGAGCAAGGGAUUUGAAGUGGUCCGAUCAUCGCGCAUGCCUCCAGGGACGCAACAAGCAGGCGGGCCUCCCGAGGCUCUCGAGCUGCAGCAAAGCCCUGUGAUGCACGAAGAGCCAUAUCGUGACUCUCCGGAAACAUCUCAGGGAGAGAUGCAAGCCAGCGCCGGUGCCGAGAGAUCCAUUGAUCGUGAUCGUUCAGAUACUCCAACUGAUGAUCUCGCUCAACGUCCGCCAACUACUGGAUUCGACUUUGGAUUUGGUUCGGGCAAUGAAGGAGGUGGUGCUGCAAGAGUAAGACCAGACAGUGAGACGGUUCCGCUGGAUCAUCCCGUUCUCGAGCCUAUUAGCACUGAGCAUCGAGCGUCAAUGGGUCUCAUGCCUGCUGUCCGUCGUGUCAGCGAAGAGAGUGUCAACAGUCGGGAAUCGUCACACUAUCCUGAGGAGGAGGUCAAUAUUACUCGCUACUCCGACCAGCCAGUGCCAUCUCUGGAUCCGAUCUCGACUGUCGGCGGCAUCGACUUGCCGUCACGAUUCAACUCCACGGCAACGGCAGCAUCUCGUGCCGCCACCAACAACGCCUAUGCGAGCAACACCACCCGUGGCGGAUCGGACUGGCUUCGUGCUGUUGAUAACCUCGAAUGGAACCACUCUCGCCAGUCUUCACAGCGCAGCCAAGCAGCCCCAGCCACGAGAGGGCCGCUCCACCCAGCACCAACCGUUCCCCGCCGAUCCUCUCGUCGAACCCUGUCACAAGAGGUAGCCGCCCAGCGCUACCAACCCACGACCGAGAACGUCUUCGAAGGGUUCGACUCCAACGGUACUUCACCGGACCUGAUGCGCAGCCCCGUCGACUCGCCCACAGCAGAGAAUGGUCCACCAACAGGCCACUCCCACCACUCAGUCUCGCACCACCGCGCCGCCGACAGCAUCAGCCGAAACAGUAUUGGGGCCAACGCUGCCAUGCAGGCGAGCAGUGCGGAGUACUUUGGCCAGUCGCCGCCGCAGUAG